CCUAAGAGGCCCCCGUCUGGGGGUUGCUUCCCGCGUGCCCGGCAGGGAUCGGGAUUGCGGACGGUCGGAGUUCUCCUGGGCGGCAGUGGCGGCCGUUGAGCAAUAGGGCCAGUGGCCAGUGGCCCUCGUGUGCCCCCGGGGCUCUGAGGAGCGAUAGCAGCUAUGGGCAGCCCACUUGGCCUGCUGUGGCAGAAGGCCAUGAAGACGGCUGUCCCUGUGUGCCGCUGCCUGCACAUGUCCCCUCCGUGGGCCAACAGUAGCAGGGCCUCUCUCUGUCGCCUACGCCGUCAGGUCUAUGCACGACUGUACCCUGUGUUGCUCGUCAAGCAAGAUGGCUCCACCAUCCACAUCCACUACCGGGAGCCACGACGCUUGCUGGUGAUGCCGUUGGACCUGGACAGCCUGCCUCCCGAGGAACGCCGGGUCCGGCUGCGCAGGCGUGAGGCUCAGCUGCGGCCCAAGGAGGAGAAGGACCCAGAACUGCCUGAUGACUUCGAUGUGGAACGGUACAAACGCUUUUGGACCAAGAAGUGAAACCUGACUUAAAGCCACCUAAAGAUGUGAUAAGGAUGUCAGGGAUGCCUGUCUGUACAAGACACAUUCUCUAGCCACUGCCUUGUGUCGGCAUCUUCCUUCUUGG